AUGAUAAUGAAUCGGAGCUGGAAUUUAUUAAGAAAUGCUUUGCUGCCAAAUCUUGUUAUUAAACGUAACUGGGCCCAAGUUGGUCAAAUAGUUUGUACGCCGCCAAGGGUCAAAGUUAGCUGGGGAGAAAAAGUUCUGCAUAUUCUCUUCAUGUACGUAGUGUGGUUUGUUCCGCUUUUCUAUUCCCACACUAAUUUGAAGAUUUGGAGACGACGAUACAUCACAUAG